CCCGUGAUUCCUCGGCGGGGACUCUAUGGUGUCUGUUUCCGGUCCCCAAUCGCCUUCCCUCUGUCGUUUGCCUUCUGUCUUUGCCGCUCUUCCUUCUCCGGCUCGGCGGGGCCCGUGCCUGCCUGCCAUGGGUGCCUACCUGUCGCAGCCCAGCACGGCCAAGAGCUCUGGGGAUGGUGUCGGAAUUGGGCCGCGCCCGCUGCACUUCGGCUACAGCGCCAUGCAGGGCUGGCGGGUCUCCAUGGAGGAUGCUCACAACUGCAUUCCCGAUCUAGACAGUGAGACUGCAAUGUUCUCUGUCUACGAUGGUCACGGAGGAGAAGAGGUAGCCCUGUAUUGUGCCAAAUACCUGCCAGAGAUCAUCAAAGAUCAGAAAGCAUAUAAGGAGGGGAAACUACAAAAGGCACUUGAGGAUGCUUUUCUGGCCAUUGAUGCCAAGCUGACAACUGAAGAAGUGAUCAAGGAACUAGCGCUGAUGUCAGGGCGGUCUCGAGAUGAUGGUGAUGAGAAAGAGGUGAAAGUAGCAGAUGAAGAUGAUGUGGACAAUGAAGAGACUGCUUUGCUGCAUGAGGAGGCCGCAAUGACUAUUGAAGAGCUUCUCACUCGAUAUGGCCAAAACUGUGUCAAGGGCAAGCUGGGCCCGCCAAGCAAAGAUACGACCCAGGAGGAUGCCCGGGAGCCAAGUGUGAAUGGUGAAGUAGAUGCUGAGGAGCCUUUGAGGCAUCAUAGAGAGGGUGAAGAAGAGGAGAAAAAUGGCAAAUUGUGCUCUGAAACCAUCAGCACCUCGCAUGGUCCAGAUGUGGCUGGUGGAGGGGAUGCUGGUGCUUUCCAAAAAAAGACAGCUGAGGGAGCAUCUCCUGCCACUGGUGAGGUGGAGCCAUCCUGCUCGUCAGCAACCAAGAGCCAGCAGGUGAUCAAGUCAAUGUUCUUUGAGGACAGUGAAGAUGAAUCAGAGGAUGCAGAAGAGGAGGAAGAUGACGACAGUGAGGAAUGCAGUGAGGAUGAGGAUAGCUACAGCAGUGAGGAGGAAGAAUAUGAUACUGAAGAAGCAGAAGAGGAAGAAGAUGAAGACAUGAUGCUUCCAGGAAUGGAAGGCAAAGAAAAGCCUGGCUCAGACAGCGGCACAACCGCGGUAGUGGCACUUAUCAGAGGCAAGCAGCUAAUAGUAGCCAAUGCUGGAGAUUCCCGAUGUGUGGUGUCUGAAGGUGGCAAGGCUGUGGAUAUGUCCUACGAUCAUAAGCCUGAAGAUGAGGUGGAGUUGGCCAGAAUAAAGAAUGCUGGUGGGAAAGUAACCAUGGAUGGCCGGGUGAACGGUGGUCUCAAUCUCUCCAGAGCAAUUGGAGAUCAUUUCUACAAACGUAACAAGAAUUUGCCCCCAGAAGAACAGAUGAUCUCAGCGCUGCCAGAUAUCAAGGUGCUGACAAUCAACGAUGACCAUGAUUUUAUGGUCAUUGCCUGUGAUGGCAUCUGGAAUGUCAUGAGCAGCCAAGAGGUUGUGGAUUUUGUUCAAUCCAAGAUCACACAGAAAGGUGAAAAUGGAGAGCUGCGAUCUCUUUCAUCUAUAGUAGAAGAACUCUUGGAUCGUUGUUUGGCUCCUGACACAUCUGGUGAUGGAACAGGCUGCGACAACAUGACUUGCAUCAUCAUCUCUUUCAAACCACACAUCAGCCAAGGCUCCCCUGCUGAGAGCAGCAAACGGAAACUGGAGGAUAGCACAACAGCAACCAGCCCCACAGAAGAGGGCUGUAGCAAGAAGGCCCGACAGGACUAGCAGCCAAGUUGGGUAGGGAAUUGCCCAUGCUCUCACUGGACUCUUGUUUUCUAAACAAAGCUGAACUUUUGAUGCCUGUUUUAGGCCUUUUUUUAUCCUUAGGGAGGCCCAUUUUGUCUUUAUCAUUUGGAGGGGAGAAAAGGAAUUAGGGUGGGUCCCACUGGUCUUUGAAACCAUUCCAAAGAGUGAAUGGCAGGGAGGGUCAUAAUCUGGCCCAGAAGGCAACCUACCUGCUCAAACUCUCUCUCUCUCUCUCUCUCUCUCACACACACACACACACACAGACCCCUGCAGCAUCUCUGUAUGGUUGUUGCCAUUUCCGUGCCUGUGAUUUUUCUGUUGGCAGGAAGCAGUUUUCCAAUGUAGAGGUUUCGAAGCUGCACUUCUAUUUAAGGCCUUCAAUUUUUUAUUUGUGGGACUGGUUGCCCCACCCCACCCCGCCCCACCCCACGGCUGCUAAGCCUCACUGUGUCAUUCAUUUUCAACUGAGAUUUUUUUCAAACUAAAAACUAAAACUCUUAUCAGUGACUGUGUACUUUUGUAAAAUUGUGAGGGGAGGUAAGAAGAACUGAACCAUUACGUAAUUUACUGAGUCUGCAGUUUCUUCCCUUUCUCUUGCUCAUUCCACGGUUUCUUCCCAAUUCUAAAACCUUUCCAACUGUGAGUUCCAUAUCUAUGACUUGCAGUGUCUUACAUCUUGUCUUGCCCAUGGAACCAUUCGUCUAAUCAAAUAUCUAUUGUGAUCUCCCUAGGAAGCUUGCAAACAAGACAGACAUCCUGAUUCUUGCUGUUUUUCCUGUGGAGAACUAGGUUUCUUUUCUCUGAAUAUGGGGGACCUAAUCUUAGCUGCUUGUUAAGUUUUGAAUGCAACCCUGUAAGUGAUGAAAUAUAGCACUAUAUUUUACAAUCAUACAUUUCAGUUGAAACUUGGAAAAAAAAGGUGGGAAUGGGAGGCCACUGACAGGCAAAUUGCUGGCUUCCAUCACCACCCUUAAAACUCCCCAAGCCUGAAAACAGGUUGGGCGCUAUUAUUUAACUUUCCCCCAAAUGAGCCAAAAUUGUGGAUGUCACUGGAAUACCUCUUCCAGCAGGUAGCAGUCUGGCCCCAUUGCAACCCAUUGCAACUUGUUUGCCCUUUUGCCAAGGUACCUUUUUACAACAGCCUUUUUCAAUUUUGUUGCAUCUAAUGUUCCUACGCUAUAGAUUUAUAUAAGAAAGGCUAACCCUAAAUUGAUUUUCUACCCACUUUGCCUCAUUCCUAUGGAAUAUAGGGUCAUAACACUACCAGACACAGCAUGAAAUCCCUUCAUCAGUUUCAAUGUUGAGAUGAAAGUUUGAUUUCUGGAGACUCCUAUUUACUUGCUACCUUAAGUGGAAUAACAGCAGUUUUCCAUUAGAUUUCUGAGGAGUCCUCUAUUUAAACUGUGACAAAAGUUUCUUAAGCAAUCACUCAGAUAAAACUAGCAUGUUUAAGGUUUCAGGAAUUUUAUAGGAGCUUAUUCUAUAAUAAUGGCUUCCACAAGGACCUUGCUCCUUACUUAAAA